CUUCUUACUCUCCUUAUACCUUAUCGUUCUCCUUCACUCCUCUUCCUCACUCCCCGAAAUUCCGUCAUGGCUUCUCUCACUCCCGGAAUCCUCUUGAAGCUCCUUCAGGCCAUGAAUUCCAACACCAGAGUCACUGGCGACCACCGUUCUGCUCUCCUCCAAGUCAUCGGCAUUGUUCCAGCCCUCGCCGGUUCCGAAUUAUGGCCCAAUCGUGGGUUCUACAUCCAGCUCUCUGAUUCCCUUAAUUCCACUUACGUCUCGCUUUCAGAUCGCGAAACAGAUCUCAUCCUCUCGAAUCGACUGCAUCUCGGCCAGUUCGUUUAUGUCGAUCGUUUCGAAUUCGACACGCCAGUCCCACGUGUUUGCGGUAUUCGUCCGAUUGCAGGGCGGCAAGCUUCUGUUGGAAGUCCUGAGCUACUGAUUGCGAGGAUUUCGGCUUCUAAGCGUGAGUUUGUGAUCCAACCGGUGACUGAUUCGGAUCAAUCGGCUGAUCCUAUUGCUGCAUUGUCGUCCAAUCAGAAAUUGGAGGAGUCUCAAAUUAAUGAAUCCAGGAGUACUUCGAAGACUGGAAAUGGUAGAGGGAGGCAAGCCCUAGCUUCUCGAGAUAAUGUACAGAUUGAAAAUGUGGGGAGUACUGAAGGGAGCAAGGUUUCUCUUAAGCCUCAGAGGUUUUCUUCUCCUGCGUCAGGAAAAAGAUCUAUGUCAGCUGGAAAGAAGAAUGUGGCGGUGGUUGAGAGAGAUCCUUCACCGGCUGGAAAGGGGAAGAGGUCGGCUUCUCCAGUGCCCUCGAAAUCUGUAGUCCCGAGUUUGGUAGCUGCACGUGAAGAGAACCGGGUGAGUUCAAAGGAGGCCGCCAUUAUAGUUCCUUCGAGGUAUCGACAGGCAUCCCCAAAUGGAAGGAGACAAGCUUCUCCUAGUGUACGUAGGGCUUCUCUUUCACCGGCAAGAAGGUUAUCAGGGGGUUUGAAGGUCUCCCCUCUUUUGGCAGUUGCAGAUUCUUCCAGCAAGAAGAAGAUGACUAACAUAGCUUCUGGGAUCUCUAAGGUUUCUGAGGCACUUGUUGGGUCUGCAAAAUCGAAUAGGAAGAGCUGGGAUGAUCAAUCAACUGUCUCUUCUACCUCUGAUGAGCACAGAGAAAGUGGGGUUUCAAAGAACAAGCCAGAUCUACAAGCAAUUCUUCGGACACAGGCUGCUAUUUCUAGACGAUUGAGUGAUGUAAAUGAUCAUAGACCCAAGAGUGACGAUGUGCAAAGAAAAGAGAAAAAGAAGUCCUCCAGCCCAUCUAAGUGUGAGGCUCCAGAUGAGAGAAAAUUUUCGGGUCUUGGUAUCACUGUUCACGAUAAGAAAUGGAGUGAUGGCAGUGUUCUAGUUGAUGCAGCUCCUUCCAAUCUUGUUAAACUUUCAAAGGAGGCUAUGCAAAGGAGAGAUAUUGCUUCUAUAGCUGCAGCUGAAGCGUUGGAGGAGGCAAUUUCUACUGAAUCCAUUAUAAGGAACAUAAGCAUGUUUUCAGAACUUUCCUCUACGCACAAGACUGGAGACCUUUUGCACGUAGUGGACCAGUUUUUCAUGAUCUAUAACGAUGUUGUGAAAUCAACGGAGAUUGCCGAAUCAAUUUUUAGCAGCCGGAAUGGCAACAAACCUUGUGCCAUUCCGGAGCAAUCCAAACCUGCCUCCCUCUGGGUUGAAGCCGCCUUAGCCACCAACCUCGAGAUAGUCUCACUUCUCACCAGCCAUGACAAAGGCUCUUUGCACAAAAGCGGAUCAAAAAGACAUACUAUGGAGGCCUCUUCAGUUCCCAACUCCUCCAGCGCGGUGGUUCCAUGGAGUAGAGGCCAUGGAAUGAAAGAGACCGUAGAGCUUGCUAUGGAGUUGCAGUCUGAGAUGAAGCUUUGGUUUCUCAAGUUUGUGGAGGAUUCCCUUGAUGCAGGUUCAAAGGUGUUCAGAGAAAGCUCUGGAGAUGGCGUUAAAACAUCGCCUCCAAUCCCAAAUCGUGGCUCCAUUGCAUCUGUUUUGUCCCAGUUAAAGCGAGUUAAUGACUGGUUGGACCGUGUAGUUUCAAAGCGAGAUGAUCCUUUGAAAGAAAAGGUGGAAAGGUUGAAACGAAAGAUAUAUGGUUUCGUCAUCCAGAAUGUUGAUUGUUGAUUCUUAAUUUGUGUCGAAAUCAUCAUCAUGCUUAAGAAGAAGCAUGUUUCUUAAUUUCUCAGUUACUUUAUCUUUAAGCUAAAUGGGAAAAGUUCAAAUUUUUAUUGUA